GCUAAGGAUGGCCGCUGGCUCGCCUUUCCCCGACGCCCCAGCCGUCCGAGCCAGGGUGAAAAUUGCGUGACACGCACCGAGCGUGGCGGCCAUCUUCGUCUUCUGGGCACGUCAGCUGAGCCGGUUAGGGCUGAAGAGGAGCGUUGCGCAAGCGCAUCCAAGACGGUCACAGGUAACUCCCAUCUGACGGGCGAGGCGUCGCCGUCGUCGCCGGAAGUUUGGUGUUUGCGCCGCGGGGAGGCGGCGGUCGCGGCAGAAGCAGCUGAGUGUCUCCGGGUACCCGGAUGUGAGGCGAUCUGCCGGCUGCAGUUGGACUCCCGGGCCGGGCAAAGAAAGGAAGUAAUAAGAAGCAUUCAUUCAUUAGAAGAGUCAUCAAUCAACUUAAAAAGGUGAUUUCCAUGUCACUAAGGUGCUGUGUAAUGUGUUAAAAGCAGAUUAUAAGGAAUGAUUUUGCCAAGUUUUCAUGAGUUAUGGUGGCUGAAAUAUCAGUUGUAUCUUGUGGGAAAAGAAGUAAAUGGCAACACAAAAGACAAUCUGUAUUAAUAGAUUGUUUUAUUAAGCGAAGGAAGUUACAUAAAAACUGCACAGCAAUAGACUCAACAAACAAGGAAAGACACGUGUUAGCCAUAAGACAUGUUUCAAGUGAAUCGAAGUCCAAUAACUGUAGACUUCAGAAGAAAAAAGUGUUCAAAAAUUUUAUCAAAACGGGUCAGUGAUAAAUAACUCCUCCAGUAAUAGGGCUAGGCCUAAACCAAAAUUCAUUUUAAAAAUUACAGAACAGAAUGCAUAUGAAUUAAAUUUUUCAUGAAGAAUAUCAAAUUAGAAUUAAAUUUUCCUUAAAUUUCUAUCGCAUUGUCUAAAGCAAAUAUUUUUCAGCUUUUAUGCCAGCUUUUCUCAUGUUCUGGGAAUGACAGAAACCUUACUUGAAACAGAGUGGUAUUUUUCUUGAAAUGUGUAUCAGCUUCAGUUAAAGUUGAUUUUUUAAGACCCGUUCCUCAGUAACAAUACCAGCUUGUUGAGCACGAAAAUCCUCUCAAAAACUAUUUAGUAAAGGAAGACAUUACUCAGGAAGAUGUCCAUUCAGGAGAAAUCAAAAGAAAGUUCCUCUAAAGUUAUUAAAAAAAGUGAAGAUAAGAAUUUGGAAAUAGUAAGUCAAGAUUCUCAAAAGGAUCUAGCAAAAAAAUCAGGUUCGAAGGAAACUUUAAAAUCGCAGGUUAAGUCUUGCAGUGAAAAUAAAAUAAAUCAGCCUGAAUUGGGAACACGCAUGAGUACAAGAUCAGCAAAAGCAGCAUCCAGUGACAUAAAAACUACCAUAUCCAAUAAUAAAAAUGUGAUGACUGUGAAGGGACAUUCACAACAAGAAUCUUCUGAAAAGAGUAAAUUAUCUCAGAGAAAAUUAGUGCGUGAAACCUCUAAAACAAGUGAACAGCUUAACAGGAGGUCACAAAGACUACAACAGUUAUCAGAGGUUUCAACAAGGUCUUUGCGCAGUAGAGAAAUUCAGGGUCAAGUUCAAGCCGUUAAACAGAGUGUGCUACUAACAAGAAAAGAGCACUGUAAUAGUACUCAAAGUAAACCUAGUAAAGUCAAAACAAGUCAAAAACAUGUGAAAAGAAAAGUAUUGGAAAGAAAGUCUGACUCUAAAGAGGAUGGAAAUUCAGUGAUUAAUGAAGUAAUAAAUUCCCCCAAAGGAAAAAAACGCAGAGUAGAGCAGCAGAUCGCUUGUACUUGUAGCUCUCAGUGCAUCCAAGGAUCUGAAAAGUGUCUUCAGAAGAUGACUAGAAAAGAAGAAACAAAAUGUGUGCCUGUAACUUCUUCUGAGAUAAAAAGAUCAAAAGUGGCUACUUCAGAGAUCUCUAAAAAGAAUGAGAUGAAGUCAGUUCAUACACAAGUGAAUACUAAUGCAAAAUCCCAAAAAAGUCCACAGCCAUCAGUGCCUGAACAAAGUAUAGAUAAUGAAUUGGAGCAAGCAGGAAAGAGCAAACGAGGUAGCAUUCUCCAGCUUUGUGAAGAAAUUGCUGGAGAAAUAGAGUCAGAUACUGUAGAGGUAAAAAAAGAAUCUUCACAAAUGGAAAAUGUAAAGGAGAUGCCUACAGAAAUAAAAUUGGAAGAGACCAAUGUUGAACGACAAAUACUUCAUCAGAAAGAAACCAAUCAGGAUGUGCCGUGUAAUCGUUUUUUUCCCAGUAGAAAAACAAAGCCUGUGAAAUGUAUACUAAAUGGAAUGAGUAGCUCAACUAAGAAGAACUCUAACUGGACUAAAAUUAAACUCUCAAAAUUCAACUCUGUGCAACAGAAUAAGUCAGACACUCAAGUAUCCCCUAAAUUGGGCUUAUUACAAGCCAGUUUUUCACCACCAUCUUUAGAAAUCCAUCAUUCAGUGACUCACAGUACAUUUUUAGGGACAAAAACACAUGAUAAAAAUAUAGCUGGCCAGCAGAACAAAAUGGAAGAAAUUAAUUCUGAAGAAGUUAAAGUAAAUGACAUUACAGUUGAAAUUAAGGCUGUAAAAAGGGCUCCCAAAAACUGUCAUUUGGAUAAUCAGAUAAAAUCUUCUGACCCACCAUUGGAGAAUCAGAUGAAACAUUGCUUUGAAUCCACACCAAAUAAGAAUUUCAGCUUAUGUUUGGAAUCCAAAUUAGAAAACAAUCUAGUGGAAAAUACCACUGCCGUUUCAGCUCUGCUCAGUCAAGCAAGAAUUGAUACAGGAGAGAGUAAAUUUCCAGGUUCAGCUCCCAAACAGCACAAUAUACUUGAUAACCAAACAUCUAAGAACAAAGAUAACAGGGAGACACCACCCAAUCAUUUUUGGCCUAAGUGUAAUUCUCAUUUGGAGAUAACAAUUCCAAAGGACUUGAAACUAAAAGAAGCAGAGAAAGCUGAUGAAAAACAAUUGAUUAUAGAUGCAGGGCAGAAAAGAUUUGGAGCAGUUUCCUGUAAUAUUUGUGGAAUGCUUUACACAGCUUCAAAUCCAGAAGAUGAAACACAACAUCUGCUUUUCCACAACCAGUUUAUAAGUGCUGUAAAAUAUGUGGGCUGGAAAAAAGAAAGGAUUCUGGCUGAGUACCCUGAUGGCAGGAUAAUAAUGGUUCUUCCUGAAGACCCAAAGUAUGCCUUGAAAAAGGUUGACGAGAUUAGAGAGAUGGUUGAUAAUGAUUUAGGUUUCCAGCAGGCACCGUUAAUGUGCUAUUCCAGAACUAAAACACUUCUCUUCAUUUCAAAUGACAAAAAAGUAGUUGGCUGCCUAAUUGCAGAACAUAUUCAGUGGGGCUACAGAGUUAUAGAAGAGAAACUUCCAGUUAUCCGGUCAGAAGAAGAAAAAGUCAGAUUUGAAAGGCAGAAAGCCUGGUGCUGUUCAACGUUGCCAGAGCCUGCAAUCUGUGGGAUCAGUAGAAUAUGGGUAUUCAGCAUGAUGCGGCGGAAGAAAAUUGCUUCUCGCAUGAUUGAAUGCCUAAGGAGUAACUUUAUAUAUGGCUCGUAUCUGAGUAAAGAAGAAAUUGCUUUCUCAGAUCCCACUCCUGAUGGAAAACUGUUUGCGACCCAGUACUGUGGCACUGGCCAGUUUCUGGUAUAUAAUUUUAUUAAUGGACAGAAUACCACCUAAAAUAAGUUCUUGCCUGCAGUACUAGAAGAAGUCGAAGAGAAUGGAUUGGUUGCUGACUUUAACCAGGAACUAGGGCCAUUUUUAUUACAAUGAACUCAGGACUGGCAACAACCAUGUGGUUGUUCCAUUUUCAUAAAAUUGGAAAAAUGCAGUAAUAGCUUAUUGUUUUGUUUUUUAAAGAAGAUAUUUUAUUAUCUUUUACAGAAGUUUAUGAUGGAUGUAUUUUAUCUAUAGUUAUUUAGACAUGUUUACAUGCAGCAGAUAAUUGUUCAUAAUGGACUGAAAACUAACGCAAGGACUUUGGUCUCAGUGAUAAGUAUAUCUUGAAGUUCUUAACAUGGAAAUAUACCAGUGUAGCUUGGUACUGUAUUUUUUUAUAUUGAUCUGCUGAUACCAGUUAUAAGUUUAAAGAUUGUAUUUUUGGAGUGGAAACCAAUGUUUUCAAGUCAUUAUUCAAGGAGGGUACAAUAUUAUGUGUUGAGGAAUUUGAAAGUAAUUUGUAGAAGUCCUGAAAUUUACUUUUAAGAGACUCUUUCAGAAAGGAAAAGCUCUAAAUAAGCAGGAAGAAUUUACAGUACAGAGCUUUUCCUCCCUUGAUGUCAGGAAGAAGUGGAAGGUGGUAGAGUUGAGGCUCCCUCUCCUAGAGACCUGGGACUGACGAGGAUUAUGAAGGGUACCCUCUGAGUUUAUUAUUCUUUCAUUCUAGUUACUUUUUUUUUUUUUUUUUUAACAUGGCAACUUGGCACAUUUAGCCUAACAAAUUUCAAAGAGGUUUAUAAAAACCAGUGGACUAAUUACAAGUAAAUACGGAUGACUCGGUAUCUGCUUUGUUAUUCCUCAGAAAUACUGCACUGAGUAUAUGCCCUCAUUACUGGACUUCAUUUCAUACUUGUCUAUCCUUCAUAGUGCCCUCUACUUUUAAAGGGUUUAUAUGUUGAAAAACUGCUGUGGCCUUUUAUGAACUGUAUAUAAUGUAGAAUAAAAUAAUAAAAUACUUGACAGCUUUUUCUAAGUGAUAAAUGUAUUCAGAUAA